CAGGUAACAGCAGGCAGCCUGGCAGCCACUCUCAUACCUGCCAGCACCAGCAUCCAGAGCCCCACGUUGACUCAGGGACCAGCCACCAACAUGCAGGGUGAUGAGAGCCUUCAGAUCUUUGUGGGGCCAGAAGGGGACUGCUUGCCACUGAUGGAAAGGGGAACUUGUAAGCUUGAGGACUCUCAUCAAUGGGACUGUGUCCUGGUGGCUGAUCUCCAGACCCAGAAAAACGAGCUGCAGGUGCAGAGGCAAAAGCAGUUCCUGGAGAAACUCAAAAGCAAGGGCUUCCACUUCAAGAUAAUAAAGGACCAGAAGAAGGUGUUCUUUGGAAUUCGUGCUGACAGUAGGAUCUUUGACCUGUACCGGACUCUUCUCAUGAAGCCUGAAGAUCCUGGCCCCAGAGCCAAACUGAGCAAUGUUAACUCCAUCCCAGUUACCACAAGGAUCCGAAUUGUGAGCUUCGUCGUCAACAACAAGGAGAAACCUGGUGAUACCUUUGAGGAUCUAGUGAAAGAUGGGGUUUUUGAGACCAUGUUUCCUCUGCACGAGGGGGAAAAAGAACUGAAGAGAAAAUGGGCCCGAUGGAGAAACAUGUUCCGGAAACAGCCGAUUGAUGACAUCAGGAACUACUUCGGCGAGAAGGUGGCCCUGUAUUUCGCCUGGCUUGGCUGGUACACCUACAUGCUGGUGCCUGCUGCUGUGGUGGGCCUCAUCAUCUUUCUGAGUGGCUUUGCCCUGUUUAAUUCCAGCCAGAUCAGCAAAGAGAUCUGUGCGGCAGAGGACAUCUUUAUGUGCCCCCUUGGCGAAAACAGUCACAAUUACCAGCGACUCUCAGGACUGUGCGCUUUUGCAAAGCUCACUCAUCUCUUUGACAACGAUGGCACUGUGGUGUUUGCCAUCUUCAUGGCUCUGUGGGCCACAGUGUUUCUGGAGAUCUGGAAGCGGCAGCGCGCCCGUGUGGUCUUGCACUGGGACUUGUAUGGAUGGGAUAAGGAAGAGGAAGAGAUGGCCCUUCAGCUCAUCAACUGCCCAGACUACCAGCUGAAGACCCAUCACCAUUCCUACCUGAGCAGCACCAUCAUUCUCAUCCUGUCCCUGUUCAUGAUCUGUUUCAUGAUUGGCCUGACCCAUGCACUGGUUGUCUACCGUGUCAUGGCCGCUGCUCUUUUCGGCAGCAUCAUGGAGCACCAGGUGACGACUGUCGUGGUGGUGACCGGAGCCGUGGUGCACUAUGUAAUCAUAGUCAUCAUGACCAAGGUCAACAAAUAUGUAGCCCUGAAGCUUUGUAGCUUUGAGGAUCCCAGGACCUUUUCAGAGCGAGAGAGCAAGUUCACUGUCAAGUUUUUCAUCCUGCAGUUCUUCGCCCACUUCUCUUCUCUCAUCUACAUCGCCUUCAUUCUGGGCAGGAUCAAUGGUCACCCUGGGAAGUCCACGCGCCUGGCCGGCCUGUGGAAGCUAGAGGAGUGCCAUCUCAGUGGCUGCAUGAUGGACCUGUUCAUCCAGAUGGCCAUCAUCAUGGGGCUGAAGCAAACCCUGAGCAACUGUAUUGAGUACCUGCACCCGUGGUUGGCCCAUAAAUACCGCUUAAUACGGGCUUAUAAACACGGCAUUGAGUCCAAAGACCCAGACCUGGAGGAGUGGCAGCGUAACUACCGCAUGAAUCCCGUCAACACCUUCAGCCUGUUUGAUGAAUUCAUGGAGAUGAUGAUCCAGUACGGCUUCACCACCAUCUUUGUGGCUGCCUUCCCGCUGGCACCGCUGCUGGCUCUCUUCAGCAACCUUGUGGAGAUCCGCCUCGACGCCAUCAAGAUGGUCAGACUACAGCGGCGCCUGAUUCCCCGCAAGGCUAACGACAUAGGGACCUGGCUGCAGGUACUGGAGACCAUUGGAGUGCUGGCAGUCAUUGCAAAUGGGAUGGUCAUCGCCUUCACCUCAGAGUUCAUCCCCAGAAUAGUCUACAAGUACCACUAUGGCCCAUGCGCACAGAACAGGAACUUCACAGCUGACUGCCUCGAGGGCUAUGUCAACCACAGCUUGUCCGUCUUCUACACCAAGCACUUCCAGGACCAUGGCAAGAUGGGAAGCCAAGAAAAUGUGACUGUGUGCAGGUACCGGGACUACCGAAACGACCGGGACUACAACUUGUCUGAGCAGUUCUGGUUCAUUCUGGCCAUCCGGCUGGCCUUCGUCAUCCUCUUUGAGCAUGUCGCCUUAUGCAUCAAGCUCAUUGCCGCAUGGUUUGUGCCCGAUGUGCCCCAGUCAGUGAAGAAUAAGGUUCUGGAGGACAAGUACCAGAUACUUCGGGAGAAAAUGUGGUACGUGCAGUGGCUCAUUUGGCUGGGGGCUGGUCUAUGUCUGGGGACAGGCCUGGCCUCUGACCCGUACCAACUUCAUCCUUCCUGUAGCUUCAGUUCUAGGAGCACAGACGUGUAGACAACCUGGGGCAGUGGAGAAACGCUGAUUUCCAGGCGCCUGGACGAGGAAGGAGUCCCCAUCUCUGCAGCUUGCCUCUGUCCACGACAGUGUGUAUCUGUAUGUUGAGGGAGGCUGUAAAAGGGUCCACGUAUAUGUAGGAUCCUCAGCGGUCUACAUAUAUGUCAGUGAAAGACGAUCAUAGGAGGCCCUUGGAUAUGUGUAGGCAUAUUUGGGCACCCUAGGAACAUAUGUUAUAUGUUAUAUAUGUCAACUAAGGGAGACUCUCGGAUAUGUAGGGGGUCACUGGAAUUCCAUGUAUAUUUAAGGGUUUUUAUGAUCGGCACAGAUGUGCCUGUGGAGUUUGCUCUGACGUUCCUAGGGUUCAAAUGUGUCACAGACUGACUUGAAACUCUUCAGUGACCCUGGGUAGUACCCAUAGAACUUUAAGCUGCUCAUAAGAUCCCACUGUAGUAAAAUCAGCCCGAGUUCCAUGGACCUCCUGGUUUCUGGGCCCCAGAUCCUGCUCUGUGGCCUCCUACUUGGUGGGAAGCCCAGAGACUAACUUCUGCCCUCUGCCCCCCAUUAGCUGGAUCCCCACCACCGAUAAAACUUUUUAUAAACAAAAUAAACCUGUGUGUAUUGAUCUCUGA